AUGGCAAUCCAAGGUCCUUUCCGAUGCUCGAACUGCAAUGUUAUCGAAGAACCCGCCAAUCCUCUCAAGCGCUGCGGCGGCUGCAAGGUGCUCCGUUACUGCUCUCUAUCUUGCCAGAAGGCGCAUUGGAAAGAUGUCCACAAGCACCGGUGCAACAAACCUCGUAACCACAAGGAUGAGAACUGGCCUGAACAACGUAUGCCUGCACGCAUCUACCCGCACAACACUCACCUCAGUAUUACGUCCGCGGAUUCAUAUGAUGGGGUUAUGCCCGGUCUUAUCAAACAAGAUGAGCCUAUGACAAUUCACGAGCAGAAAGCUUCCGCUUCUGACAAGAUUCUACUGAACAAAGACGAGCCGACAGCCUACAAACUCCUCAUCGAGAGCUUCCGCGCUUGGGAUGAGACAAAACGUUGCAGCCUCGGGACUAUGAUAGACCCACGCGACUCGUAUAUGGACGCCACCGUCAAGUACAACACCGGCUACCUCUUCGAAGGACUACUUAAGCAUAUCGCCAACAGCGAGAAGACUGUGGGGAUCCUUCCUGCAUGGUGGAAUGCAGACAAAAGACACGCAUGCAUCGAAGUCGCAAAAGAGAUGUAUCACUGGGAUGACCUUCCUGAGGCAGGCAUUCCUAAGGAGGUGAACGAGUGGCGCCGGUAUGGGGGCCCGUCUCUGAGAUCGCCUUUGCGUGCGCUGGGCAUGAAGAUUGAGGGGAUCGACACCAUUGAGGCGGUAAAGCUGGGAUACUACAAAGUAAAGAAAUUGCCGGACGGACGCAUCGUUAUCCAUAACGAGACCGAUUUGAGUCACCUGGAAUGA